AGAGAGAGAGAGAGGGAGAGAGAGAGAGGGAGAGACAAAGAGAGGGCAGGGUGUUGUGAAUGAACACAGUUGUGCAAUUACCUUGCAUCAGGAAGAGUCUUUAAAGGGGAACCUGACUAAAGUUCUGUUCCUGCAGAAUGAGGCAGCUUGGAACGGUCAUGUUUGUUGCUGUUUUAGAGGACUGACUUWAAAGUAAAAAACAGCAGGAGCAGGUUGAAAGUGGAAGCGAGACAGAAAACAGGCUGGACCACAGAACUUAAAAAGGACUCAGGUUGUCAACAGCAUGGGGAAAUCAGUUAUGCUGAAAGUCUGGCGAGCACACGGAUCCUGAAACACAGCGAAGAGUCCAGCAGGGGGAGCUGUGGAGAAAACCUGGCAUGGGCCUCCUAUGACCAAUCAGGAAAGGACGUGGCAGAUCGUUGGUACGACGAAGUGAAAAACUACAACUUCAGCCGCCCCGGAUUCUCCUCUGGCACUGGACAUUUCACAGCCAUGGUGUGGAAAAGCAGCAAAAAGCUGGGUGUUGGGAAGGCCUCCGCCUCAGAUGGCUCUUCCUUUGUGGUGGCCAGAUAUUUCCCWGCAGGGAACAUCACUAACAAGGGACACUUUGAAAACAACGUCCUCCCGCCUAAAACCAGCUCCUGAAGAGUCGUCGAGCUGCUCGACUUGACUCAGUUUUUCCGUAUUGAAGAAGAGAAGCUGUCCGACUGCACUGCUGUGGAGAAUCGUUGGACUGCAGCUCAUCUGGCUGGAUAGGAAGCCAUUCUGCAGUUGUGUUUGUUUUCUAAAAGAUGCAACUAACACAAACUUAUUGAAGCUCUAAUUAUGUAAUAYGUUGCCUCUGGAAGUCUUUUCUUCAUUAAUGUCUUUUUUUUAACAGUAAAGCAUUGUUUUCUGUAAAGUGUGAGCUAAUUCAGACAAAGAAAUGCCUAAAAUAGGAUAGUUAACCUCUUUUACUGUAAGAAGGUUGUAAACAAUCAACAUCUUACCUGUUGUGGAUAGUUGAGCACUAAAGCUGUUAGCUCGUUGGUUUGUUCAGAACUAAGCUCUAUUUCUUCGAAUGGAGCUCGUUCAAGAAGUUUAUCUACAACAGGUUAGAUGCUGAUUGCUCACAACUUUUCCACAGAGCCCCGCUGUAAAAGGUCUGAACUAUCCCUUUAAGUCGCAGACGUUGCUGUAACUCRAAGCAGAUGACCGGCCUUGCUUGGAAUGUUGUGGAAGCAGACUGAGCAUUCCCACGCCGUGUCUCACACUCUGAUCAGUUUCGUGCAAUAAAGUUGGGAAAUUGUCAGAAA